AUGUUCUUUCGACGCGUGUUUUCGAAGAAUGGCUCGAGUUCGUCGUCGAGUGCCGGUGAAGGUGUUGGUGGUGGUGCCGGCCACGGAAUGUCGGUAAGCGUCCCGACCGAGUCCCCGGCCCGCUACCGUCGGGCAUUGAAUGUGGAGAACAACCACCGGGUCCUGUCGGUCCUACAGCUGACGCCGCUCUGGGAGUACAUCAUCCGUAACAAUGAGCUUCCGGUGGGACUCAACAUGAACGAGCUGUUCCGGGAGUUUCUCGAGCGGCUGCAUGAUCCCGAGUUCCAGGUGCGCCAGCACGCCCUGCGCGUCCUGAUCGACGUGAUCAUCGUGUUGCGCGACGAAACGGACGUGUACUUCGCUCCGCUCCUGCCACCGAUCAUCGACAAUCUGGGUCACCCAUCGCCGGCCGUCCGGAAGGGGGCGCUGGACGUGCUGAAGGUUUACAUCGCGCAAACGAAGCUCCCGGAGACGGUCAUGCUGGAGAUCAUGAACUACGGGAUGGACCGGAAUCCGAAGGACCCGCUCGCCAGCCGGUACAUCGUCGGGGUGAUGCUGGCCCUACCGUCGCUCAUCCAGCCGGCCAUACUGACGGCCAAGCGGACGUUCAUCCUGCGCGCGGUCAUCAACGCGCUCGGCGGCAAGAUGGUGCAGAUCACGUACCAGGAGAUUGCGCUCAAGAUCCUGCUCAAGAUCAAGAACGCGAUCGGAUCGCGCGAGUUCUACGAGUGCAUCUCCGUGGCGUACCGGCGUGAUUUUGAUCUCCUGUGCAACGUGUACGGCCUGCCGAACCCACCCAAGAGUCCUCGGCGUGACGUCACGGCGGGAGUGCCGGACGGUGGUGGCCGAGAACUGCUGGCCGCGGGUGGCAAAAGCUGGAAACCGCAUCCGGUUCCACUGUCGCCGAAAGCGCAACGCUGGAAGAGCGGCAGCCAGGGAGACCUUCCACGGGCCACGGCAUACGAUCCGCCGGUCGGUGGUGGAUCGAGGAUGCACGCGGACUACGCCCUGACCAAAAGCCCCAGCGGACAGGCGCUACUGAGGCGUGUCAGCUUGGACAAGCUGGACGACUCGUCGAAGGUGAUCCUGGAGACGGAGAUCAAAAUCAACAAGGAGUCGGUCACGAUGCGCAUCCUGGAGGCGGGCCGUGACGAAAGCGGGACGGGAGGCCACGGCAUCAGCAACUCCAGCGAGGAGAGCGACGAAGACAACGUGGGCAGCAAGCGGUUCGGAGUGGUCCGAGUACUGACCGAUAGCGAGCUCGAGGACAGUGUGACGGUGAAGUCGAUCGCGGCCGCUGGAACUCCGUCGUCCUCGUCGUACUAUCAGCCAACCGACCCGCUCCUCCAGUCGGCCUCCACCGACACGGACUACGUAAGGCGGACGCCACGCCGGGUACGCUUCGGUGGGGAGAUCGUGAAAAUGCGAACCCCGGACAGUGACACGUUCGAUCAGAGCGAUCAAGAUCCUUCGUCGAUGGGUGGCUCACAAUCGUCCACCAACAGCUCGAGCUUCCUCACCGCAAACCUACCCUCGGAGACGAUCUCUUCUCCGGCAAGGUCAACGUCUUCGAUGCCAUCCCGUUCUUCCCUUAAAUCCGCUUCGUCCGUUUCGGACCGUAGUGCCGCAGCCCUGAUGCGAAGGCAGUUCUCUCAGUCGGCCGACACGGAACGGUCGACCACGGCCUCGAUGGGUGCGAUGACCUUCGAAAACGACACAUCCUACGUGAGCUCCAUACUGGCGGACGGUGGAACGUCCACCACAGAGCCUCCCGAUACCCGACCGGAACCGGAAACGGGAAACGAGCAUUCGGCACCAGCAACUCGACCCAAAUCAUCCCUGGCGCGGCCCAAGUCCUCAAGAACUCCGCCACCUCAUCCGGACCCGGUUCCGGCCCCGGAAACGCCCGACAAUCAGAGUCAUCAGGUAAGCGAACCACCAGAACCACCGUCGACAGCACCGCCACCGGCAUCCGACGCCAGCUCCGUGCUGGCUGAUAAGAUCGAGGAGGUCAAGCAGGCCAUCCAGGGCAUCGAGGAUAAGAUUAACAAUGUGGUGUGCCUGAAAAAGGCGGACUCGGCCGAUGCAGCCCAGCAGGCAGCGGCCAGGCCCAGGACUCCGAAGCUCGAGCCGACACUGUCCCUGGAAGUGUUGCUGAAAACGGCCGACCCACCGACGGACAACGCGGACAACUUCGAGCUCAGCCCCUCGCAGACGGACCCGGACCGUAAGGAUUACACCAAGGAGCUCAACAUUGACAUCCCGAGCGAGGAGAAGCUUCAAAACACACCGCCACCCAAGACGGACCCACCGGCGCCGAGACUCGCCGUCCGAUCCGGGAUUCCCCGGCUACACACGAUGCCGUCACCGAAAACGAUGCGCAAAGCACAGGAAGCGACGGCGACGACGCCCAAGCUGCUAACGCCCGACGAGCCACGGGGUCGCUCUCGACUGCGGAGCCGCUCGGCCACGUCCACGGCCCUCAAGCCGCCGCGCAGCGUCUACAUCAGCCCGUCCUCGCUCAGCCCAGCGCCCCACAGUGGCAUCGAGAUUAUGCACAACCUGCUCCGGAGCCCGUCCACCUCGCCCCACCGGACACGCCGGAAGAGCUCCGGCGGCAAGCCGAUCGAUGCGCUCACACUGAGUGAUAACAACAACAACCAGCUCGCCCUCGAACUUGGCCCCGAAGGCCAGAACGACAAGUGCAUCAGCGUGAACGAGGAUGACAUUUUCGAUGUCUUCGGCAAAACCAUUGCGACGCAAACGUCCGGCGAUGAGCUGCCGGCCGUGCCGACCUUCGUGCCCUUUAGCCGGGCCCCGUCCUGGGUGACAUUGAAGGCGGACGGAGGAGCCGCGGAACCGCAGGACACGCUGGACGCCCGCAACGGAAACCGAGGAAGCCCGGCCAGGGAUGGGCCGCAGGAUGGUGACCGCCUCGCCGUUGCAUCGCCAAAGGGUUCCGCCGGAAAGCAGCGGAUCGUCAGCUCCUGGGAGGAUCUGGAGAUCGUCGACCGACUGUCGCUGAUUCAGCUGAAAAGUACCGACUGGCGAUUGCGGUCCCAAGGUUUCUGUCGGCUUGAGGAAGCUCUUAAAUCUUCGGAUAAUCUAGCGAAAGUGCAACCAUACCUGGAGUCGCUGCUUCGGACGCUGCUAUCAUCGGAACGGAAUCAUGAUGUCAUUGACGAUAGGGUGCGAAUGCUGGUCAACCUGGUGUCACGGUUACCGCUGGAGAACCUGGAGGAUCGCGUGGGACAAAUCAUGACCGGCCUGUGCCGGCAGGGUGGCGCCGGUAGCAAUACCGUGGCCAAAGCGCUGAUGCAACGACUACCGACGGCCGCCAUCGUGCAGCGGUUACUAUCGGACGACUUCCUGCAUGCCAAAAACUCCAAGUUCCGCGAAAAUGCAUUGCAAAUGGUGCUGUUUGCUCUAAUGACAUUUCCCAGUACAUACUUUGACAUCAAAAGCCUCAUCGGUCGGGCCACCGAAGCGGCGCUGGAUAGUAAGAAGCGCGUUCGACAUGCUGCCUUGGAUGUGUUGGCCGUGCUGGGACAAAUUAGCUCACCUAAAUUGGUCCUAGACGUUGUCUGCACCUCGGUCGGCAUUCGCCCGGAAGGUAACCAUCUGAUCACGGCCGUCAAGGCACGGCUGGCCCGGAAACAGCUUCCCUUUAUCGGCCCGGACGGUAGCGUAGAGUACGCCCUGAAGGUGCCGUCCAAUCGGACGAACGCGGUCAUCAUGUUCGGUGCGGACGUGGACUGGAUAGAGGCCGGCAGUGGGUCCGCUUCGCCGACCUUCGACCACCGGGCCCUUACGUCCGGUAGCAGGAGCAAGUAUCCUAGCUUUCAAAUCGAAAACAGUUCCUCGGAAGAAACUAGGCCGAAACCUAGCUUCCAAGUGUUUGAUGAGAUCAAGCAACCGAUUGCGUCAUCCAAGGUGAUCAGUUCCGGGUGGACAUCCAAAAUACCGGUUUCAUAUUCGGAUAAUUUGGCGCAGCCACCACCGUCCAAUGCUCCUCGUGCGAUGAUGUACGGUAACGGCAAAUCUUCCCGCUCGUAUCCGGAACUUCUCGAAGCAGCGAACGAUCGAAAGUACGGCGCUGGCGGUGGACUCCGAAAGCCGGACUUUAAUCAAUCCGCCAUACCACAGUUUCCCCAGUGCCAGGGAAAACUGGUUCGACACUCGACCAUCGCACCAUCAAAACUUCCCGAAAUGGACCACCAAAGGAUGGGUGUUAAAAUCGGUAAACCCAGCAACCCCUACGAAGUGAGGACACCGCGAAUGCGCGCCAAACUGUACUCUCGCAACAGUGACGGCUUCAUGAGCGACACUAUCGCUAGCGUUAAUAAGCAAGUGCACACUGACAUUCGUCCUUCGACCGAUCCGGUGGUCGAACACGAAGGCUUACGGCAGUUAAAGUGCGGCAUGCGGUUCUACAACCCCAAUUUGGUGGGAAGCGGCACAAACAGACAACAAAUCACGGCGCAUGAGCAGGACACAGUCGAACAGCGUUCCAAUUGUAGGUCGUACGUGCACGGCGGCGGCCGACACAGCCGAGGCAACAGUGCGAACGAUGGAAGAGCGACGCCACACCGCACACGCUUCCUGGAGGAGGACCCCCACCAACCAACGGUGGCGGCCGGUGGUGGCGCGGGCAUCAAUCAGGAGAGCUACACCAUUCGGCGGGACGAGGAGUACGACAGCGAGCAGGACGAGAAGUCGAGCAACGAUUCGACCUCCACGAGGAUCAUUUCGAACAGUGUGUUUAACUUCGGUUCCGGCCACGAUCGCAGUCGACCACCGUCCUCCACCAGACCACCGUCCGGUGCCGGUUCACUGAAGUCGCUCAGUUCGGGAAAUCUCAGGGGCCAGCAGUACGCGCCGGAAGGGCGCGGAUCGCGUGCCAGUAACCUUUCGUACGGUACGGGUGGCGCCACGAUCAUCAAACACCAUUCCACGGACAACGUUUCACUCAGAUCGGGCCGCUGCGAACUGGACGGCAUCAGCUCGAACCAGGUACAGUACGAGUCCGAUUAUGACGACGACGAGGAUUACGACCACGAUGACCAGGAGCGUAGGAAGGCCGGCAUCGGCGGCACUCCGAAGCGCUACCCAACGCCCAGCCCACUGCCUUUGCGGGCCUCCUGCUCCACCGACAAUCUGCCGGGAGAUCGCGACGCCGACAAGAGUGCGGACGAAGACUACGAAGAGGAAGCGUUUGAAGAAAUGACCGUCGCCGCCCCCAAGAGCCGCGCUCAAUCGGCCAGUAUGGGAAACUUGGCCCCGCACAUGGCGGUUCGUGACCUGGGGGAUGCUGACGGGGGCGAAAUGCUUGCGGAGCCACAACCAAGCAGACCCGCACCGGUUGUGUCGGUGGUGCCCAGGAAAAUCCUUAAAAAACCGUUCCUCGAGCGUCGCAGCAGCAAGGUGGCACCGGUGGUCAAGGACGUGGUGUCGAGCGUGAAGGCGAAAAACAAACUGAACGAAGUGCUGUUCGAGAAAACCCUCCGUCGGUUCGAUAAACCGAGGGACGCGCUGGCCAACUGCUUGACGCACCUGGAGAGCCCGAACUGGGAACAGAACAUCAGCGGGUUGCAGUUCUUCGUCCGGCUCAUCCGCCACCAUCCGGAGGUGAUCGACACCCAGAUCCACCUGCUGUCGGUGGCACUGUCCAAGCAGGUGCGCAACCUGCGCUCGCAAGUGGCCCGCACCGCGUGCAAAGCCUCGUCCGAGUUCUUCACCACCCAUCGGCGCUGCAUCGAGGGCGAAGCGGAGGACAUUGCCACCCAUCUGCUGCACCGGACGGCGGACACGAACAAGUUCCUGCGGGCCGACGCCACCCAAGCGCUCGAGUCGAUGUGCGAGAACCUGUCCGUGGCCAGAGUGGUGCACAUCGUGGCGUUCAAGGGCGCCACGCACCAGAACGCGGUCGUGCGUACCACGGCGGCCAAGCUGCUCGAUAAGAUUGUGACGCAAAUUGGGGGCGAAAAAGUGUUCGGGCUGCCGAAGGAAACCCGCGAUAAGCUGAUACUGACCGGGGCUCACCUGCUGCUGGAGGGGUCGCUCGAGACGCGGAACUACACGAAGAGCAUGUUCAAGAAGCUCGCGGACCACCCGCACUACAGCAAAGUAUUAUUGGAGGUGAUACCGUCGCGGACCUAUAGGAACAUAGAGAAAGCACUAAACAGCAUCCGGCAAAUGGCCUAG